CACCGUCCUCCGCGAGGAAGCGGAAACAGAAAAACAAAAUGAGUUAGUUAGGCCGCUAAAACCCUAGCUCCCCUGCCGAAUGGUCGCCUCCCUGCGCGCACCACCAUGCUGCUCCGCCGCCUCCUCCACUCCUCCCGCCACUUCCGGCACGGGCUCCAAUCCCUGACCCCGGCCGCCGUCCCCUCGUCCUCUUCUCCCAUUCCAUUUCGUCGCCUCCCGGAACUCCUCCCCUCGCGCGUCCUCCCUUCACCACGGCUCCUCUCCACCUCCGGCCGCGAUGACGACGGCAACAAGCCGUGGACCUUCGCGCCGGAAUCCGGCGAUCCGGACCCCUUCGCGCAUGAGGACAUCGCCACCGACGCUGGCGAUGUGCCGCCGAUAGGAUCCGCGGUCGCCGCCGAGGAGCCCUGGGCGAAGGGCUUCCGCGCGGAGGAUGGCGAGAAUGGGGACGUCUUCGAGGAGAUCUACAAGGAGGCAGCGUCGGCGCCCCCUGCGCACGGAGAGGCGGCUCGGGCCGGCGAAGACGAGCAAUGGACGCUGAGUGGGGAGGACGAGGAGGAGAAGGAUGAUCCCUUCGCUGCGGCCGUGCUUGGGGAGGGGAUCGAGAGUGAGGGUGGUGCGCUGGAUGAGGUCGAUGCGGGGGAAGACCAUGAGGCUGAGCUGAAGCGGCAGCAGAACAGGGCGAGGGAGAAGGAGCUGAUGGAGACACUCAAAGGUCCGAAUCAUGCAUUCGGUGAUCUCAUUGCGGCAUCCGGGAUUACUGAGGAUAUGAUUGAUAGUUUGAUCCUCCUGAAGGAUGUCAGGGGCAUUCAGGGACUGCCUCCUCUAAGUGAAAUAGAAGAUAAAGCUAUCCAGAAAAUGAAUGCAACAUCAAGCAGAGCUGAAGUAGAACGCCAGAAGCAAGAGGAAAUUGCUAAGGCACGUGUGAGACAAGUUGAUGAGAAAGGAAGGGCUUAUGGAACAGGGAAAAGGAAAUGCAGCAUUGCCCGUGUUUGGAUUCAGCCUGGUGAUGGCAAGUUCAUUGUCAACGAGAAGGAGUUUGAUGCUUACUUCCCAAUUCUGGACAAUCGGGCUGAUCUUCUUCGUCCAUUUACUGUGACCAAGACUUUGGGGCUUUGGGAUGUAACCUGUACUGUGAAAGGUGGUGGCGUCUCAGGACAAGUUGGAGCUAUCCGCUUAGGGAUCAGCAGGGCCUUACAGAACUGGGAACCAGGAUUGCGUCCAUAUCUCAAAGCAGCUGGAUAUCUAACAAGAGAUUCACGUGUGGUCGAAAGGAAGAAGCCUGGAAAGGCCAAAGCAAGAAAGAGCUUCCAAUGGGUCAAGCGGUAACAGUUUAGGGCCAUGUGCAGAAUUACCGUAUUUUUGGUGGCAGAUCUCUUUGUUGUGGGUUUCUAUUCAACACAGAUCUGUACUUCCACUUGAUACUAAGAGUCUAAGAUACUCUAGCUUGUAUCGACUACGGGAAUCAUGGGAUACUUUAUUCUAUUUCUGAAACGAUGACACAGCACAACAAAUUGAUCCAGAAAAUAUCAUUGACCUAUUCAAGAUGCAGAAGUUACCUUGCUAUGAGCUAUCAAUAAAACCGACCGCGCCAAUGGAAUUUGAUGUUGAGCUCACAAUUCCAGUUUCUUAGGAUCGCAUGGCUGUGUCAACUGAUGCCAUUCAUUUAUGAAAUUUAGUGCCAUACUAUUUUUUGCCGCCAUGUAUGCCUGCAUGUACCACAUAGAAGAUUUGUUUGACCACGGUAAAUUGAAUAGUUUGCGGUCAGUUUGUGUCUGAAUAGUGAAACCAAAUGAAGUCCGAUCCCCAAGCAGGGACGUUAUUGGCCA